GCCUGCUCGCUGUGUUGCACUGCGGGCAUUUACGUGUAGUGUUCGCCGCUCCUAGUCAGGACUCAGGAUCGCUUCUCGGUGCUACUUAGGAUAAGCGCCUGGCAAUUGCGCGUACAGUAUUUAUAAUCCAGCAUUCCUCUUCUCUGUCACGCUCGCCUUUUAGUCUAGCUGCAGACUCUUCCUUUGACCAAACGGCCCACCCAGCUCCCUGCGACGUGACAGCGCUUGCUGACUAGUAGUCGAUUCAGGCCCAGGGUACCGUGGUCCCCGUAAACGACGCUUUAGCAGUCCGUUUCAGUGGUCCGUAUCAGUCAAUUUGCUCCCCCAUAUCCUCAGCUUUUUUUCCUCGUCGUUCCUCAGCGCAGCGGCGAUACUACUACUUCAGGUCAUGUAUUCCACUACUAGUGCUGGUACCAUUACUAGUAAUACGACCGAGGAGGGCGAUGGCGGUGCCGUGACAACGACUCAUCCAGGCGCCUUUGACAGCUUCCCCGACGAUCUCCUCAUCAGCGUGUUUCGCCGCCUUGUUCCGGAAUCGCCGCCGCUUCUUCGGCUGUGUCCCGUGGUGCCGCCCAGCAGCAGCCUCCUAUCACCACCUGACGUCUCCCCUCUCUCCCUCUCCCCCUCCCCCUCCUCAUCCUCCUCCCACGCGUUCGUCUGUAAGCGCUGGCUCCAACUCGCCUAUCUCGCGCACACAUCUAUCCACGUCACGCAGCAUACUCGGGAGAUCUCCGCGUCGCAGCUCAUCCGAGCCGUCAAUCGCAUGCCGAGCCUCAAUUCCCUUCAGAUCGACUUUCUCGGUAACGAUCCCGUAACGGACGCCCUUAUAACGGAGAUCGCGAACGCGUGCCCUCGUCUCGAGCUGCUCUCUCUCUCCUCCUCGCGCCUCCGUCACGCAUGGACGACCCAAGGGUUAGAAACUCUCUUCCGCGUCUGUACGCGUUUAAAGCAGCUCUCGCUUCACUGCCCACCGGCCGUCAAAACGUUUCCCGCCGCCGUCUCCAACCUAACCGGUCUCGUGCGCCUCAACAUCUGCUUGGGAAAAUUCGUGAGCCGCCUGCCUGAAGAGCUCGGCGCGCUUGGCGCUCUGGAAUCCUUCUGCUUGGAGGCACCUCUUGUCGCAUCGCUGCCCAGCAGCCUGGGAGACCUCACGAAUCUGCGGGAGCUGGAGCUGGUGAGCUGCAGGGCUUUGUCAUCGGUGCCUGAGACCAUAGGGAAGCUGCUGAAGCUAUCGGCUUUCCAUGCCAUGCAUUGCGACAGCCUCCGCUCGCUCCCUGACGCCCUCUGCCAGUGCUCUUCCCUGGACACUCUCCAUCUCUCACUCUUCAACCUUGCCGGGCUGCCCGAGAAUAUCGGGCAGCUGCCAAGCCUCCGCUGCCUCGUCUUGCACUCCUCAUACGGUCUCCAUGCACUUCCUACGUCUUUCACGCAGCUACCCUCCCUCCGGAAUUUGCGUCUGACUGUGCGUGCACGGCGGUUGCCGGACGACUUGGGGAAUCUGACCAGUCUGCAAAGUCUGGAGCUCUCCGAUUGCUCGGAACUCACUCACCUGCCCUCCUCUCUGCCACAGCUCUCUCUUCUCGAAAGCCUUGCAAUCUCUCGCUGCGGUCAACUUUUUCAUCUGCCCGAGGACAUGGGGCAGCUGUCUGCGCUUCAAGAGCUGGAUCUGAGCCAUCUGAAAAAUCUCCAAGACCUUCCCAAUGAAAUCGGGCAACUGCAGCGUCUUUACUCACUCAGGCUUCACUGCUGCGAUUCCCUCAGCGAACUGCCGGAGUCUUUCUCUCAGCUUACAGCCCUCAAGACACUCACAAUCAACUGUUGCGAUCUGCUCUCCUCCCUCCCUCAAGGCAUCGACAAUCUGACGUGCCUUCAAGAGCUGACUCUCAGCGAGUGCCCUUCAAUCAAUCAGCUACCUGCCAGCAUCUCUCGCUGCCUUUCCCUUCACCGCAUCUCCAUCCGAAACUGUUCUCGCCUCACAAAUGUACCUGAGGAAAUUCGGCACCUGGUUGGUUGAACACGGAAUUACAGGCGGAGCGGGUGAGGGGCAUAUUCCGAGAAAGUGGUGCAAGCUGAAGGAGGAGGUGGUGCAAGCAACGUUCAGGGGCGGUGCAGACAGGGGAUAAGGUGGUGGGGAAGGCAGACCUGCUUGCAGGGAUGGGUGCAGAUGUGAAGCUGAGCUUCCUUCUACGCUGUCUGUAAUUGGCUGGCGAUGGCGUCUGCCUUGCUUUAUCUUGCUGCAUCAAGUGUGCUGGACAAAGCAACAGCAGCAACAAUUGCACUACGGUACUUCUAGACAGACAGUUGUACCGCAUUUGCUGCAGAAUUGUAGUGCUGCUGUACCUUUGCGUAAUUAAAUUUAUGUAUGAACCAUGUGUAUAAGGCAUUUUAG